GAACGCUGAGUGUUCUACGUAUCCAGUUUGCAAUUUGUUGUUGACUUGGUUACCGAAUUACGACCACUGAGAUAAUGAAGUUAGCAAUUUUGCUGGUUGUCGGCGUUAUCGCCAAAGUAUACGGCGAUGAACCUGAACCUAUCGUGGGUGGGGCCACGGCAUCGCCUGGACAAUUUCCAUAUCAAAUCUCCCUUCGGCAAAAUGGCUACCAUAUUUGCGGAGGAACUAUUAUUAGCAACAGACAUAUUGUCACUGCUGCUCAUUGUAUACCGUCUAAGAAUCAGCAGAGUACUAUGACUGUUGUGACUGGAACAAACCACAUUAGCAGUGGCGGUCAAGAACACCGCAUCAAAAGCAUUCAAGUGCAUCCACAGUACGACACGCGUACCAAUAGGAACGAUAUAGCUGUGAUCACUUUGGAACAACUGAUGACCUUCAACCAGGUACAAAAACCAAUUCCUCUAGCGAAUGCAGAUAAUGCUGAUGGCCGAACUCGUUGUGUACUAAGCGGAUGGGGACAGCUCGGUGCAAGACAAGGCCCGCCGACAUAUCUACAAUAUGUCGAGUUGACCACGACGACCCUUAGUGAUUGCCGCAGAGUGCAUUCAAAUGUCUUUGAGAAACAGCUAUGUUGCUUUGAGAAACAUGGAAUAGGUGCCUGUAUGGGUGACAGCGGCGGUCCUCUCGUUUGCAACGGUCGACUUGCUGGUAUCGUCUCCUGGGGCAUUCCCUGUGGUGUCGGUUAUCCUGAUGUAUUCACUAAAGCUUACCAUUAUCAGGACUGGAUUAGCCAAUGUCAAAAGAUGUACUGAUCAUUUGAAUAAUCACAGUCGCGUGCGUGACCGAUGAUCUAUAUUUCAGGCCUUAUCCAGAAUUUUUAGUUACAACGUGUGAAUCGCGUUGCUAACGUUAUUAAUAUGUAGAAAUAGAAAUUAUAUGAAAGCAUCAAGUAAACAAUAAAAAAAUAUUAUUCGUAACCAA